AUGGCAAUAGAUCCAACUCCAUUACCUGAGUCUGCUCCUUCUUGGUUCACUCCCAAAAGGUUGCUUGUGUUUUUCUGUGCGAUCAACAUGAUAAAUUAUAUAGAUCGAGGAGCAAUUUCCACUAAUGGUGUAAAUGGGAGCCCUAGAACUUGUUCAGAGAUUAAUGUGUGUUCAGAUGGUAGCGGAAUUCACAUUAAUCCUUUUAGACUUAUUGGAGUUGGAUUGUCGGUGUGGACACUUGCUGUAGUUGGUUGUGGGCUUUCGGUUGAUUUUUGGUCAAUCACUAUCUGUCGAAUGUUAGUUGGUGUUGGUGAAGCUUCUUUUAUAGGUCUUGCAGCUCCAUUCAUUGAUGAAAAUGCUCCAGUAGCUCAGAGAACUGCAUGGCUGGGAAUAUUCUGUAUGUGCCUACCUAUUGGAAUUGCUGUUGGUGAUGUCUAUGGUGGAUUGGUUGGAGCUGGUUUAGGUUGGCGAUAUGCAUUUUUCGGUGAAGCAAUUCUUAUGCUUCCAUUUGCUAUUUUGGGUUUUGUAAUGAAACCUUUGCAAAUGAAAGGUAUUUCUAAUGCUAAAAUCAUCCCAGGGUUCUUAAAUGAAGAGCUCUUAAAGAAAGAUUUUUCCAGCUAUGUUUCAUUUACUUUAAAUCAGUUAUCAAGAUUUGGGCAAGAUAUGAAGGCUCUUUUGAGUGAGAAAGUAUAUGUUGUAAAUGUUCUAGGUUACAUAGCGUAUAAUUUCGUCAUUGGUGCAUAUCAAUACUGGAGCCCAAAAGCUAUUUAUGGCAUAUAUGAAACGGACAAUGCUGAUUUAUUAUUUGGAGGAGUCAUAAUUGUUGGUGGAAUUGUGGGGACAAUAGGAGGAAGUGUUCUUUUGGAUCACAUGAAUUCCACAAUCCCCAAUGCUUUUAAGGUUAUGCAAUUCAUACAGGAUGGAAUUACAACUACUCUCAAAGGAGACCCGACGCUGGAAUGCUCUCAAGGUCCUGUGAAUUUUGUAUGUCUCCAUGCUGUUAAACCAAGUUUACGACCAUUGUCGAUGGCAAUUUCUAGUGUGUCAAUUCGCAUCUUUGGUGACGUGCCCUCCCCACCACUUUUCGGAAUCCUACAGGACAAAGUUGAUAAUUGGAGAACAUCUGUUUGGAUCUUAAAUUCAAUAUUGUUUUUGUCAGCCGGAAUAUGGUUUAUAGGUAUAUUUCUUCCUAGUGUGGAUAGAUAUGAAGAAGACAGUGAGCAUUUGGGGACACGUGUUGAGCAGCCAGAUGUGACACCGUUGCUUGAAUCUAAGGUGACUAAUGAAGAUACUACUUCUGCUGUUUAUAAAGGAAAAGGAAAAACGAAAAGAUUGUUGUAGUUGACAUAUGUGUGAUUUACCACUUUGUGUAUUGUAAAAUAUAUUUUUUUCUCUGUUUUUUUAUACGGAUAAAAACAAAUAUUUACUUAGUCAUAGACUAAGGGAAUGUUUGGCUUAGCUUUUUAGAGGAUAAUUAUUAUGCAAAGUUUUCUCUUUAUUUUAUUUAUGAUAAUUAUUACAAAACUUAAUAGACAUUUUUAAAAUUUUACAAUUG